GGAGCCUUGUAGGCCAUGGCUGUUGGUGCGCUCACCCUGCGUCUGGUGUCCAGGACACACCUGCUCUCAAAGCUGCCAAUCCCACACAGCCAGGUCCUUACUGUCAAUCCUGCCCUGCCCGUGGAGGACGCCGCAGAGGACUAUGCCGGGAAACUGAGGCAGGCCUUCCAAGGAGACACUGUCCCCGUGUUUGACCUGCUGAUCCUGGGAGUGGGCCCUGACGGCCACACAUGUUCGCUCUUCCCUGGUCAUCCCCUCCUACAGGAGCAAGAGAAGAUUGUGGCUCCCAUCAGUGACUCCCCAAAACCACCACCGCAGAGGGUGACCCUGACGCUCCCUGUGCUGAAUGCAGCCCAGAGUAUCAUCUUCGUGGCCACAGGGGAAGGCAAGGCAGCUGUGCUGAAGCGCAUCCUGGAAGACAAAGACUGCUCACUGCCUGCCACCAUGGUGCAGCCGCGCACGGGCGCCCUCUGCUGGUUCCUGGACGAGGCGGCCGCGCGUCUGCUGUCGGUGCCCUUCGAGAAGCAUUCCACGCUGUAGCGCAGGCCACGCACGCGUGGGCACUUCGGGGCUGGCCCCCGGCCUCCGCCCCAGGCUUUCUGGAAAAGCCUCCGGGGGCCGCGGGAGCGAGACAACUGAGAAUUAAACGGAGCGUUCUGGAA